AUGUCUUCUACUACUACACUGACCACCAAAUCCGACCUCAUCUACUCGGAGAAAGAGGCUCGCACCUCUCUAUCCGCAAGUAGUUCGAGCACCCUUUGUACACUCAACGAUCAAUCCCCCUUCCACCCUGACAAAACCCUCCUCAUCGACGCCCGAGGCGUCGGUUGUUUCAGGCUUCCUCUUCCAAACCGCCAACUCGAAAUUGACAUCACCCAUCCCGACGGCCAACUGGCAUACGUCUCCACCCGCGACCGGCUCUGGUCCGGCAAUAGUGUGCUGUCCAACUAUAAACUCGGCGAUGUGAUUCGCACGGAGUACUUUUUCGGUCCGAAUCGAGAUCCCGUGUUGCAUUUGUUGCAGACAUCUAGUGAGGAUCCUGAGGUGGUACAGCUCAAGGGGAAUUGGACUUCGCGAUCGAUCAGCUUUACUACCCCCUCGGGAAGUGAGCUGCGAUGGUCUUAUGCGAAAGAGAAACGUCCUGAUGGUCGCAAAGUCAAUUUGCUCAUCCUGAGUGUGGUAGAGCACUCGAAGGGGGAUCAUAAGGCAGUGCAGUCAUCGCAGCGUCGUCUGGCGCAGCUUUCUCGAUGCGCGGAGACUCGGACACCGCAGACAUCGCGGUGUUCUGCGGGGAAUGGGGGCACUUUGCAGAUGGAUGAGGAGGCACUCCGGGUGCAUGAGAUUGACGAGUCUGUGGUGAUUGCGACGUGUUUGGCCAUGUUGAAGAAAGAGAUUGAUCGGCGCCGGAUGGUUCAGAUGAUGGUGAUUGCCGGGGUUGCGAGUGGCGGGCCUUGA